GCCUUUAUGCAAUCCGAUCCAAAUCCACUCGGCGAAAACGUUUUUAGUUCGUGUUCGCGCGCUUGUUUUGUCGUCGAAUUGACACCACAACGUUUGACGUUUGUUUCCCAAAAAUGUCAAAGUGACUGGCCUGCCUAAAGCUAGUUGCUGCGCCACCCUUGACGUUCGGAAGCCACUAGAGGGGUAAAGCUCGCAUAAUAUCAUCAGCAGGAAUGGACGACGGAGAUGCCGAGGAGAGUGUGAUGACCGAGCUCCGUCCCCUCCAAAUCGACACGCUUUCGCUAGAAGUGUACGAAGGCAGCAGCAACGAAGAACAAGACGACGGUGACGACGACGACGACGAUGACGAGUCUCUCACCGGCUCUGGCUUCGUCGAAGUGCCCAACAACCUCGAGAAUUGCCUGGAACUGAACCGCGCGUAUCGUGAGAUCCUCACCGAAGCCAUCGGGCAGCUGACGGUCACGCUAGAAAACAACCGCCAGCUGCAGCGCGAGUUGCCCAAGCAGCUCGCCGAACGCGUGAACCGGCCGACCAUGCCGACGCACCGUAAGAACUGGCACCACGGACUCGUGUUCCACCACCCGUACUUCCGGGACAUUAACGGCAUGCGCCCGCCGCCCAACCAGGACGAAGUGACCAAGCGCCAGAACCGCGAACAGGAUCCGUACCUGGACAUCGCGGUCCGCUGGUCGACCGAGGAGAUCCGGAUGCUCGUGAACGGGGUCCGGAACAGCCUGCUGCAGCAGCUCAUUGAAUCGCUGAUGGACAGAAAAGAGGCCAUGGCGCAGAGGCUGCUGGCGGCCGACGAAAGGGGCGACGAUAUGAUCUCCGAGAAGGUCUCCAAGGAGGAGUUGACGGAGCGGAUCCGCGUCAUCGACGGCGAGAUCGAGCAGGCGAAGGCUUUCGAGCUCCGCCAGCUGCUGAACGUCUCGACGCGCCCCGUGGACUGGCUGCGCAUCUCGGCGGUCGACAUGGGCGGUAUGCGGUCGGCCUUCUCCUGCGAGAUGAACUGGAAGCACCUGCACGACGACGAGCUGAACAGGGGACCCUGGACGAGCGCCGAGGACGACCGCCUGCGCAAGAUCGCAGCCAAGUGGCAGGAGCGCUGCUGGGACGAGGUUUCCCUGGAGCUGCGCAGCGGACGCAGCGCCUUUCAGUGUGCCCGGCGCUACUGGGGCCACCUGGUGCACCGCUACCGCCACGGCUCCUUCACCCAAAAGGAGGACGACCUGCUCAUGCGGCUCGUGGAGGCCUGCUCCAAUGGGGACUCCAUCCCCUGGGCACAGGUUGCGCACUUCAUGGGCGACCGGAGCAUGAAGCAGCUGAUGAACCGCUACGAGCGCAGCAUUGCCCCGCACCGCCGCCUGGGCAGGUGGACCCCCGAGGAGGACCUCAUGCUGCUGGCCGCCGUGCAUAUCUGCAAGGCCAACUGGAAGAAGGUAGCCAAUAUGCUUCCCGGACGCCACACCGUGCAGUGCAAGGAACGCUACACGGUGCGUUACGGACAGCACCAGGUGUUCGGCCAGUUCACCCCGGAGGAAGACCGCCUUUUGCUCGAAGCACUCCAGAAGCACGGCAAGAACAAUUGGACCAAGGUGGCACAGGAGAUGCAGACGCGGUCCGCCAACUCGGUGAUGCUGCGCCACAGGCGGCUGAGAAAAAUCCUGGGCGUGGCAGACCCGCAGCCCGAGGACCUGGUCAAGCUGCCGCCCGCUGACCCCUCCAAACGGACCACAACCCGCCGCAAGACGAGCCUCGACCGCAGGAGGCAGCUCACUAACACCAUCUGCCAGAGGUUGGCGUCGCAGCGCCACCGCACCACGGUGUCCUCGCUCGCCAUGGGCAAGGAGGACCUGGAGCGGGAGGAGUGCAUGAGGCUGUAUGAGCAGCUGAUGCGAAAACACCGGCAGCGCAAGCAAUACAGCGCCACAAAGCAGGCACACAUACUGAACCGGGCCAUCGCACGCUACGCCCGGAUUCCCUCCAAGGCGCCCCGCAAACCGAAUCUGGCCGUCUACGAGCACGAGGAGUGGGCUGCAGUGGCCAACGUGCUGCACGACAUCCACGGUCUGCCGAGGAGCGAGCCGACCAUGGAACUGAGAACACCUGCCAACGUGCCAGUUUUCGAGCGCUUCUUCCGGGAGAAGAUGCUGGGCGUCCCGGCGGAAGACAACGCCACCGGGUCCGAAAGCCUCAUGCCCUUCCUGCCCCCCACCGAGCUGACGGCGUCUACGCUGGCACGCCUGGUGGACCGCUUUGCGGGCGGCGACCUCAGCUACCUUUUGGCAGACGACAGUAUGCCCCCACCGUGCCCCGAACUGGCAUCCGCCCUGGACGCGCCGGACGCCGCCGCCAUCCGCUGCCACAGCUGCACGUCGAUGCCGGGAGUCCGGGACGAGAGCUGCCUGCAGUGCCGCGACCUGCGCCGGUUCCGCUCGCAGUUCGAGACGCUCCAGGCGCGGUUCCUGUCGUACUUCUUCUGGCCUGCACUCCUGAGCUCCGAGGAGCUCACCAACAUCGCUCCGGUCUACGCGACGAUCAAGCGGCAAAAGAAGAAGUACCAGCGGAAGAGGCCUCGGAGGAGGGCCUGGGUGUCGGAGCGGUGGGCCCAGAUCCGCAUGCAGCAGGCGGAAGAAGAAGCGGCAGCAACGGGUGGAAGUGGGGGAAGGGACGAAUUGGCGGACAGCGCCGUGCCAGAGGACGAUGCCAUGGAGGACGACGGCGUUCCGGACAACUCUGUGACUGGGGGCGUCGGAUGUGCAGCGGUGGCAGGUGCAUGUGGGAAAGUAAACGAACCGGCGGACGACUCGGUUGCAGACAGUGCACCGGGUUGUAUUACGAAAGAUGACGGUGAACUAGCGGACGACUCUGCUGCGGGCAGCGCCGCACCAGAUUGCGCCUUGGAGGGCAACAAAGUUGCAGACGACUCUGUGGCCAGUGGUACGGUGGACGAAGACACGGCGGAAGCCGUAGCCGACGUUGGAGACGAGUCCGGCCCACUGCUGCAAGAAGCGUGCCCGUAGCGACAGUCGCAGAUGUCACUGCGGUUAGCGCCACCGAGGCGGACGAGGCGGUAGCGGACGACGCAGCAAGAGCGUGGUUGUGGCAGAUGACCAUGCAGAUGUAGACAUGACGAAACAAAAUGUUGAGGUUCUAUGUUAAAAACGAAGUGGAGACACGGUGGUGACAGUGUUGAAGGUCGUUGUGGAACACAGUUUUUGUCAACUUUUUUGGCUCACGUUUCUAGACAGAAAUCGAGCAUAUGAUUGUAGUCGAAAGGAAUGAAAAAGUGAUGUAGUCGGCUCGGAGCAAAUUGUCGAUAAAAAAUUACCAGUUUAAAUGUAAAUCGGAGCUUUCUUUUUUUUUUUUCUUCUUUCAGUUGAAAUUGCGAGAUAAGCGACAAGUAGUUGUCAAGAACGUAUAGCCGAUAUUGUCCUGCAGAUGAAAUAUAGUUAAAAAAAAAAAACAAGUUGAGGCUCCCAGGUUGAUUAGUUUUAUAGUAUUUAUUUUGGUUGGAUAUGUGUAUGCUUGUUUAAAUUGAAAGCGGACAAACUUUGAUCCGUCGAGGGCUACGCCUGUAUUUGUAUAGGCCUCGCGGGUUGCAUACAAAAUAUUUUUGUGCUUUACGACCCAUGACAUACCUUUCAGGGAAUGAAUCCAUAAAGUUGUCAUUAGAAACGUAACGGGUAAAAUGGAACGGUACCGUACGGCAUUGUGGCUUUACCUUGUCAAGGUGGUGGCAGUCACGGUGGCACGACCGGGACACCUUCGGAUUGUAUCGACAUGUGAGAGCAAAAAACCAUAGCGAUUGAGAUGGCUCGUUAAGGCCACAUGCACGAAGUAUUUCGGGACAAGGACAGUCAAGUAUGAAAGAAGGCUGCAGCGAGUUGGCUCUGCUCCGAUUUGAAUGCCCCCAUGUUGUGUUGCAUUUGCCAAGCUUGAAGGCCAAGUUCAUUUAUGUUUUGUGCGGUCUCUGUUACGUAGACCAGAACAGAAGAUUCUGUUCAACGAUUGUAAAUUGAAGUUUGCGUCAUUCUGAACAGGGUCCUGCUUAUGUGAUACAAGUCCUAGAUUUUGUGUUUGAUUAUGUACCAUUGCAUAAAUAUGUGUAAAACUUUUUUCAGUGCUGCGAGACCGAAGUUGCUUGUGUGUAAAGGAAGUAAAGCCAACUGCCGUUACUUUUUGUGUUUAUUUGUGUGCCUCUGCUGAAAAAUCGUUUGUGUGCCUUCUGAACUGAGAAAAAUCAG